UCAGCCCACGAGUCCCUCAGCUAAGCACGAUGCUGACACUGAAGAGGCUGACGCUGUUAGCUGCCCUCGUCUGCGUGGCCCGCGGGUCCGACCUGGGUCUGAAAGCCGGCCAGCCAUGCAAAGCCCGCAACUUCGGGGCCGACAGCGUGGUGUGUGUGUGCACCGCCGACUACUGCGACUUCCUCGGCAACGUCACCCGAGGCCCCGAAGGCACUUUCACCACCGUCGCCUCCUCCCGCGACGGCCUUCGCUUCCUCGUGAACACCGGCGCCCUCUCCCCGACGCCCGUGGAGGGUGGCGUUAUCAUCCACGUGAACCACCAAUACGAGUACCAGACGAUGAUGGGCUUCGGUGGGGCAUUCACGGACGCCACGGGGAUCAAUAUUGGUACCCUGCCCAGCGAUACCCAGGAGGUUCUGCUCAGGUCCUACUUCUCCCCUGAGGGCCUCGAGUACAACCUCUGCCGCGUCCCCAUCGCCGGGAGUGACUUCUCCACUCGCCCUUAUUCCUACGACGAUUUCGAGGGCGACGUCGAGCUCAAACACUUCAACUUGACGGAGGAGGAUUACCUGUACAAGCUCCCAUACAUCCAACGAGCCAUCGAAUUAUCCGAGAGAGACCUUCUCAUCCUCGGUUCUCCAUGGUCUCCCCCCGCAUGGAUGAAAGAAAACGGGCAUUUUAACGGAUCUGGCGGACUGCUGAAGGAAAUGUGGCAGCCUUAUUCGGAUUAUUUUGUGAAGUUUGUGCAGAGCUAUGAGGCGGAGGGCGUGCCGAUCUGGGGCCUCACGACGCAGAAUGAGCCUCUCACGGGCUUCGAGGACUGGUUCUGGAACACCUGUGCCUGGACGGCCGAAGACCAACGAGACUGGAUCAAGACCAAUCUAGGCCCAACUCUGGAAGCCGCUGGACUCCGAAGGAUCAAACUCAUGGUGGAUGACCACAACCGCGACACCUUGCCUUGGUAUCCUGCCACUAUUCUGGAGGACCCUAAAGCCAACGAAUACGUGGACGGCAUCGCCCUUCACUGGUACGCCGAUGACUGGACGGGCCCCAGCGUGAUGGACGAAACCCAGGCGAUGUUCCCCGAUAAGUUCUUGCUCUACACCGAGUCAUGCGAUGGUUGGGAUGCCAGCGCUGAUGAGCGUGUGAAGCUUGGAGAUUGGUUCCGUGCGGAGAGCUACGCCUACAAUAUUAUUGAUGUGAGGAUUGGUCUUCCUGUUGCGUGUUCCGUAGGCUUCUGGACAAUGAACCAUUCUCGACGGGUUGGGGACUGGAACAUGGCCCUGGACAUGCAAGGAGGACCGAACUGGGCCAACAACUUUGUGGAUUUCCCAUUAUUAUCAAAAAGGUGA